GGAAAGGAAUGAGCAAAGGACACGUUGUACGUGGGCCUGAAACCGCAGGACCUGGUCCUUUCAACCAUUCCUGAGGGUUAAGAUGCUCUGGAGGAAAAGCAGGCGAUUCAGCCCUGAGUAACUAUGGACGAGGAUGGCGCCUCUCCUUGAAAUAAAAUAUUAUUGCCACCCCAAAGAAAGAUGGAACGGCGAGCGAGCUGAGCUCAUCCAACCGGAAGGAAGCCAAAUGAAGGCACUUCCGCCAUCUCUUAAGAUGGCGCCGGCGGAAGGGGCGAGGUAGCACCGUGGGGGUGAUGGCAGCGUCGAGGCUGGAGCUCAACUUGGUGCGGCUGCUGUGCCGCUGCGAGGCGAUGGCAGCGGAGAAGAGGGACCCGGACGAGUGGCGUCUGGAGAAGUACGUGGGAGCCCUCGAGGACAUGCUGCAGGCCUUGAAAGCCCAGGCGAGCAAACCGGUCUCCGAGGUGAUCAAUGAGUAUGCCCGCAAGGUGGAUUUUCUGAAGGGGAUGCUGCAGGCAGAGAAGCUGACCUCCUCCUCCGACAAGGCACUAGCCAACCAGUUCCUGGCUCCUGGCCGCGUGCCCACCACAGCCCGGGAGCGGAUACCUGCCACGAAGACAGUGCAUCUGCAGUCACGGGCCCGGUACACCAGCGAGAUGCGGGAUGAGCUGCUGGGUGCGGACUCUUCUGGAGAGCCCGAGCUGGACGUGCGGAAGAGAAGUGGGGUGGCAGGGCCCAGGCCAGGAAAUGAAAAGCAGUCGGCGGCCGAGUUAGACCUCAUCCUGCAGCGACACCAGGACCUCCAGGAGAAGCUGGCAGAGGAGAUGCUAGGCCUGGCCCGGAGCCUCAAGACCAACACACUGGCCGCCCAGAGUGUCAUCAAGAAGGACAACCAGACCCUGUCGCACUCACUCAAGAUGGCUGACCAGAACCUGGAGAAGCUGAAGACAGAAUCAGAGCGGCUGGAGCAGCACACACAGAAGUCGGUCAACUGGCUGCUCUGGGCCAUGCUUAUUAUAGUCUGCUUCAUCUUCAUCAGCAUGAUCCUCUUCAUCCGGAUCAUGCCCAAACUCAAAUAAAGACCUGGCCCAGCC